UGAACGCGCCUUGAUUGACGCGUCGUUAAGCCAAUGAUCUCCCGAGUCUCCUGCGCGUGUCCGGCCCACCCGCGGGCGCUUUGCCAGCUCACAGAAAGUGCCACGACUCCAGACUCAGCGUCUGUUCCGAGUCAGUGAGAAACCGUUGGACUUUCGGAAACGGGAUUAUUGCUGGUACAGGACUUAGCAAAGAUGGAUGUGUACGACCCUCAGACCCUCGGCAUCAUGGUGUUUGGUGGCUUCAUGGUAGUUUCGGCUAUCGGAAUAGCCCUGGUCUCCACUCUUUCCAUGAAGGAGACCUCUUAUGAGGAAGCCCUGGCUAAGCAGCGCCGUGAAUUGGCCAAGGCUCAGCCCCAACGUGGGGACAAGAAGAAGAAGGCAACUGAGAAGAAAGGCAAAGCCAAGAAGAAGGAGGAGAAGCCAAACGGGAAGCUUCUUGAACAGGAGGAACAGCAUGACUCUGGCCAUGAACCUGCUUCAGAAACGAGUGAACCAGAGCCUGAAUCUGAACCCGAGGUCCCUGCUGCACCUGCGCCUGUUCCUGUCCCAGUUGCCCCUGUUGUUCCAGUCAUCCCAGAGCCCAAAGUUCAGGUGGCAGUGGCAAAGCCUGCUGUAGCAGUAUCCCCACCCGCGCUUUCCCCAAAAGAUAAGAAAAAGAGGAAGGUAGCCAAGGUGGACCCAGCCCCAGCUAAACCUGUAGAAAUUGUCUUAGAAACCAUCACCAAAGAGUCGGCCCCUAAGAACACCAAGGAUUCCGCCCAUAAGGACUCGACUUCUAAGGCUGCCAAGGAACCUGUUGCUAAAGUUGUAAAAGAACCAGCUGCCAAGGCCACUAAGGGUGCCAAGGAAGCAUCUCCUAAGGCUGCCAAGGAAUCUGUCACUAAGGAGCCAUCUCCUAAGCCUGCCAAGGAACCUGUUGCUAAGGAAGCAUCUUCAAAGGCUGCCAAGGAACCUGUUGUUAAGGAAGCAUCUCCUAAGACUGCCAAGGAACCUGUUGCUAAGGAAGCAUCUUCUAAGGCUGUCAAGGAACCUGCUGCUAAGGAAUCAUCUUCUAAGGCCACCAAGGGAGCAUCUUCUAAGGUUGCCAAGGAACCUGUUACUAAGGAAGCAGCACCUAAGCCUGCCAGGGAACCUGUUGCUAAGGAAGCAGCUCCUAAAGUUUCCAAAGAAUCAUCUGCCAAGGUGGCAAAGGAAACCACCACUAAAGAACAAGCCACGAAAGCUGCUAAGGAACCAAGUGCCAAGGGAACGCAGGAACCUGCUGCCAAGCAGCAGGGUGGUAAAGCCACUAAAGAACCUGCUGCUAAGGAAUCAGACACUAAAUCGGCUAAGGAUCCUGCUUCCAAGGAACAAGCCGCUAAAGCCGUCAAGGAGCCCGCCAUUAAAGAAACAGCAAAGGCUUCCAAAGAAUCAGCUGCCAAGACUGCGAAAGAAACAAAUGUUACAACUAAGGAGCCAGUUUUGAAGGCGGUCAAGCAGCCUGCUGUUGCUGAGGUUGCCCCAGUGCCGAUCGUUCCACCCAAAGCUGAGCCGCCCAAACCUGAAACCUCUUCCAAGAAGAAGUCAAAAAAGAAGGCAGAGCAAGCACCUGCGGUGGAUGUUGCAGAUGUUCCCCUGCUGUUACCAUUUAAAACUCUGGUCUCCACCUUGAGCAGUUCCAGUUUCAGUGACUCGGAGACGCAGAAGAUUUUGGAGAUCAUUAGUGACAAGGCGGGAGCUGACACCUGGCAGCUGGCGUCUCAGAGGGGUGACCCCUUGGCAGCUCUGAAGAAGCAGCUGGAGGAGAAAGACAAGCUCUUGUCUGCUGAGCAAGAGAACGCUGCGGCAUCCAAGACACGCAUACGAGAGCUCACUAAGGAGCUGAACACGGAGAAGGGCAAGACGGCGUCGGUGGAAACCCGACUGAGCUCCGAGCUGAGCGCUCGCCAGCAGGAGAUCACCGCGCUGAAUGCCCGCAUGAAGGCUUCCUACGAUGAGCACACGCUCCAGACGCAGAAGCUCAACAGCAAGAUCCAGAGCCUGCAGGAUCGGUUGGAGAACGGCCCUGCUGCCCAGCUCGCUCGUCUGCAGCAAGAAAACGGCAUCCUGAGAGACGCUCUGAACAAAGCCUCCAGCCUCACUGAGAGCAUACAAAACGCUGAGCUGGUAAAGCUGCGGCAGGACGUGGUGCGUCUGAGCCGGGAGCUGAGCGAACGCACGGACGCUCAACAUGCCGACGAGGAGCGCCGGAAAGCGCUGGAAUCAAAAAUGGCUGCCACCGAGGAGCAGCUCGCCCAGGUCAAGGCAGGGCGUGCGGAGGCUGAGCAGGUUUUACAGCAGGCAUUGGAGAAGAUCAAGGCCGAGUUGAGUCAGGCGCAGAACAACGGCUCCACCCUGCAGGCCCAGCUGCAGCAAGCACAGCAGGACGGCAGCCAGCUCAGCGAGCUGCAAGAGCGUGUGCGUGCCACAGAGGUGGAACUAAAGGACAGGUGUGCAGAGGUGCAGGCUUUGAAAAGUCAACUUGCUCAACUGCAGCAGGACGCACAGGACCAUGUCCUCGUGGAAGUGCAGGCCCCGCUGCAGUCUACAGCACAGGUGGAGAACUCUGAGGAACUGCAGCAGCUGAAGCACAGUAUAAAGGAGAAGGAGGGCUUGGUGGCAUCUCUACAAGGACAACUAGAGAAGAUGAGAACAAGUGCAGAGGAGACGGAGAGCUUGGUGCAGCAGCUGCAGGGAAGCCUUACACAGCGAGAGAGCAAGAUCUCUGCACUGGAGGAGGAGCUGAAGCAGCUGAGAGGACAGACAGAACAGCAGAAAUCUACAAGUAAACAUGAACCUGGUGUUGAACUGUGUCUGACCACGUUACAGACUGAGAGCUCAGUGCAGCAGCUGCAGGGAAGCCUCACAGAGCGAGAGAGACAAGUCUCAGCACUGGAGGAGGAGAUGAAGCAGCUGAGGGAACAGAUAAAGCAGCAGAAUGAGGCGGCCGAGGCUGCGGAAGCGGAGCAGCCCUUUGAGAACUUGGAGAAAGACGCUCGUCUGAUUACCCUGGAGGAGGAGCUCCUGCAGCUGAGAGAGCAGGUGGAGCAGGCGAAGGCCGAGAGCAAGGAGCUUCAAGAGAAAAAUUGUGCUGCCUCUGAAGCUCUCGAUGCAGCUAAGCGAUUGAGUGAAGAAAGACUGAACCAAGCAACAAUUGCUCAGAAUGAAGUCAAACAGAAGCUCGAGGCUCUGCAGGUGGAAACUAAGACGGCGCUCCAAACCCUCUUUCCUCACAUCGCUAUAGAAACGGAACAGAGUAACUGGUUGGAGCUGUUCAAACUCGGAGCACAGGAGACACUCGCACACAGUCAGCAGAAUGCAUCUGAAGAAAGAGACUCAGCACUAACAGAUGCUCUACAGAAGGUAAAGGAAGCUGAGGAGAGACAGACAGAGCUGCAGGCGCAAUGUGACCAGUACAGAGCCACUCUCAGUGAAACGGAGGGCAUACUGAGGGAUUUACAGAACAGUGUGCAGGAUGGAGAAGCCACAUGGAAGUCCAAGAUGUCUGAAGUGGAGGAACAGCGGCAGGCGCUCAAAGGGCAGGUGAUGCUGCUAGAAGCACAGCUGGAGAAACAGCUGGAGUCCAUCAGCUUCACCCAAAGCUGUGCUGAGGAGGUGGAGCAGCUAAAGACGUUGUUAACGACCACCCAGAGUCAGCUGGAGGCGGCCCAGUCGGACGCUCAGAAACAGUGUGCCGAGCUCUCAGCAGUCAGACAGCAGCUCCAGGCGGUGACCAAAUGUGUACAAAGCAAAGAGGACGUGCAGCCCGGCCAGGUGCAGGCACAGCUGGAGCAAGCAAACGUCCGACUGCAGACAGAGGUGAGCGUGCGACAGCACGUGGAGCACAACUACGACCAGGCCCAGAGGUGUGUGGGUGACCUGGAGGCCCAGGUGGCAGAGCUGAAGGCAGCAGGAAAAGGAGCCACCACCGAGCUGAAGGAGAGGCUGGAGAAGGAGGCGAAGCUGACCCAGGAGCUCAGCGAGACCUCCGCGACACUUCAGCAGAAACUGAACGCCACUCAGGAGGAGCUCACCAAAGAGAAGGAGGUGGUGAAGAGCCUGCAUGAGCAGCUACAGGAGAAAGUGCAGCAGCAGGUGCUGUUCUCUUCCCAGUGACCUCUGUCUCUGUUAGGCUGCCAGUUAAUUGGAAGGAGAGGAGCUGAAGGAAGGAACUUCCGUUUGACAUCUCGGCAGGAAGGACGAGAAGCCGAACCACCAAAAAAUGCCUUAAUUUUUCUUUUGUCUCUAAUUGUUUGUGUACUGUAUUAAGAGGAGCGCAAAGGGAGGGGCGUGACAUACCGGGUCCAAACACAAGUUUAACAACUGACUUAUAUUUUAAGUAGAAUUCUUUAAGUAUGUUGUUUUUUUUUUCCUUUCCAUCCACGUCCAAGACUCAACACAUUCCUCCGAUUGUCAGUGUUACGAAGAAGGGCAAAGUGCAUGUGCGUCAGACGCACAACCCCGUGCAAUCACUCACAAAGACUGUCCUUCACAUGGAAGUGAAGAGAAGAAACAUUUCACGUUACAGCGAUGCAACACGAACCUUUACGCUGCUUGUAGUCGGCUGCUGACCAAAUGUGAUUUAAAAAAUUAAAAUAAACAUUUAAGAGAUUA